UAUUGGACACGAUAUUCAUUAACAGAUUGUUUUUCCAAUGAGUUUUUCAAAAAAUUUCACUAUAAGUGGUGAAUAUCUCGCUAAUCACACCUCAUCUAAUUGUCAAGACGUAAACUUUCUGAACGAUUCAGUCCAGAGAUGCGAAUUUGUGAAUUCAGUGGCCGACUGUUCCGACACCGACGGACUCGUCAGUUAUGUAAACCUAACCUAUUGUAUGAUUGGAAACCCGAUAUACGGGGUUAUCGUACUCUUCCUAUGGCUACUCGUCUUAUUUACCGGUUUAGGCGUAACCGCAGAUGAUUUUCUAUGUCCGGCGCUAUUAGUUAUAUCGAGAACAUUAAGGCUUUCACAUAAUAUAGCCGGGGUCACAUUCUUAGCCUUUGGAAACGGAGCGCCCGAUAUAUUUUCAUCCAUCGCUGGCAUACGACAGGCCAACCCGGAGCUGGUGGUCGGCGAACUAUACGGCGCCGGUAUAUUUGUAACAACAGUAGUGGCGGGCACUAUAUUCAUACUGUCCGACUUCAAGCCGAUGGCUCGGCCCCUGUGCCGCGAUAUCGUGUUUUACAUAUCGACCACUUUUAUAGUGUGGCUGACGUUUUUGGGCGGCUCUAUCAAGAUGUCC